UUUUUAGAAUAGCAGUUGUAUUCCUUAUAUAGUAACUUGUUAGCAACUUACAUUUUUAAAAACACUGUAUUCAAAAUUCACGUUUGUAGUUUGAAAGUGCAUAAUUUAUACUGAAGAACAAAACGUGAAACGCUCUUCCAGUAAUGUUAAUCACAGACCCUAUUUUACUUAUUUUCGAAAAUCGACAAUGUGAAAUUUUAUUUCCGGGACUUGCUUACAAAGUGACGCCAUCACGGAAACUUUUAUUGUGAAAGAGUGACGUAUUUUUUUGUUUAACUAGGAACUGCUCGCACAUGCGCAGAACAAAGCAUUUUACCUGUCAACGACUUUAAUCAAAAAUGGUAUCAUCCGCGAAGUGUCAACGCUACCUAGACUGAUGUCAACAUUAACGCAGCUGUAUAACACAUGGCUUUACUGAAAGCAGAUAUGUGAUUUCGCCAGCGGAAUCCGGGAAAGCGUUUAUUGCUGUCAGUAUACCCACCGUCGUCGUACCUGACCGUACAUCGCUCACAACCUAUUCAUCCAUCCGUUCAUCCAUCUAUCCUUCCAUCCAUACAUUCUCCCGCGUACAAGACUAACCCUUAGCCCCUCACUGCUCAGACCUUUUCAAAAAAUCGUCGUCGACUGACAACGGUGUGAUGUUUGUACGUGACCUCGGAAUCUGCUUUUAGUCCCAUCGUGUAGGACGAUGAAUGCAGAGGAGUUGGAACUCCUCGGUGACUCGAAGUACAGGAACUAUGUGGCAGCGGUAGAUAAGGCCCUAAAAAACUUUGAGUACUCCAGCGAAUGGGCCGAUCUGAUCUCAGCACUCGGAAAGCUCAACAAGGUUUUGCAAAACAAUGGCAAGUAUCAGGUUGUGCCCAAGAAAUUGACCAUAGGAAAGCGCCUGGCCCAAUGCCUCCACCCGGCGCUGCCCAGCGGGGUUCACCGCAAGGCCCUGGAGACCUACGAAAUCAUCUUCAAGAUCAUUGGACCAAAGCGCCUGGCGAAGGAUCUUUUCCUUUAUAGUUCUGGACUCUUCCCUUUACUAUCCAAUGCUGCUAUGUCUGUGAAGCCAGUAUUACUCGGGUUAUAUGAGACCUACUACCUGCCCUUGGGGAAGACUCUUAAACCAGGCCUGCAGGGACUCCUGACUGGUGUAAUGCCUGGUCUGGAGGAGGGUUCAGAGUAUUAUGACAGGACCAAUACCCUGCUAGAAAAGGUGGCAGCAGCUGUGGAGCAGCCGGCCUUCUACAGUGCCCUGUGGGGCAGCAUCCUAACCAGCCCUGCUGUGCGUUUGCCUGGAGUGACCUUCGUUCUUCUGCACCUUAACCGAAAACUAUCUAUGGAGGACCAGCUGUACAUCAUUGGCAGUGACAUCGAACUGAUGGUGGAAGCAGUCAGCACAUCUGUACAAGAUUCCAGUGUGUUAGUGCAGAGGAGCACCCUAGAUCUUAUCCUGUUCUGCUUUCCCUUCCACAUGAGUCAGGCUACACGUCCAGACAUGAUCAGGAUUCUGUCUGCAGCACUUCAUGUUGUUCUAAGGAGAGACAUGUCCCUGAACCGUAGACUUUAUGCUUGGCUGCUGGGCUUUGAUAACAAUGGUGUGCAAGCAGGCCCUCGUAGCACCCGACUCAGUAAUCCAGAAGAGCACGUCACACACUACUUCAACACGUAUUCCAAGGACAUGCUCGUUCAGGCCAUGGUGGGGAUCUUGCAGGGGAAGGCAAGAGGAGGGGAGGAGGAGAGCAUCCUGAUGCACGACUUAAAGCCGUUUCGCAUUCUCAUCAGCCUUCUCGACAAGCCUGAGCUGGGCCCAGCAAUCUUAGAGGAUGUUCUGAUCGAAGUGUUUCGCACCUUGCACACUCAGUGCCGUGCUGAGUUGGACCUUCAGAACCAAAGCCCCUUCAGCAAAGACCAAACUCAGCUUAGCAGCAAACUCAGAGAGAACAAGAAAACAGCAGAGCUCAUUAAAACCGCCAACCUCUUGUUUAACUCCUUUGAACCAUACUACAUGUGGGACUAUAUUGCAUGCUGGUUUGAGGAGUGCUGCAGAUGGACUCAGAGCAGUCAUACCCCUGGACAGACUAUGAAGUCUGAGACACCAGCACGCUCAUUGGUUGAGUUCUGUGAGCUGGUGGACUUCUUGUUGGACAUUGUAUCUUUGCCUACUAGAAGCAUGAGGGUUAUCUGCCAGGAGACGUACAUUGAGAUCCAGACAGAGCACCUACCUCAGUUGCUGCUGCGGAUGGUUUCCGCUCUUACCACACACCUGCAGGCCCUGGGCCUCAGAGAGCUCACCCACUGUCUGCGCCUCUGCUCGAAGAUCCUCAGCAAAGUCCAGCCCCCUCUGGUGUCGCCCCUUGCGCUGCCCCCUGGUCCAUCGUCUGCCGCAACUACCCCUUCCGCUAGAGACAAAGAUGACAAAAUGACCCUACCAGUCACCCUUGAAGCCCCUGGCAGCACAGAUGUAUUUGAUGAUGGCGAGAAUGCUUCCAGCAGCCGAUUGUCAGAAAGUGGAUUUACCGAUUUCAUCCAGUACCAGGCAGACCGUGGGGACCAACCUGAUAAGAUACGACACCCUGAGGAUGAUGCAUCCAGCCCUGAAGAUGUACCUAGUCAACCCAAACCUAAACCCAAAUCUGGGCUCAGUAGUUCGGCCCACAGCAAGCCCCAGGACAAGCCAGUGAUGCAGUGCUGUCUUGAACAUUUCCAGCAGUUCCUUUCUUGCUUAGUGAGGCUUUACAUCACCCCAGGUGGUCAGACAGAGGCAGGAAAGAACUGCAAUGCAGAGAUGGACACUCUAACAGUGGUGGCUGAUAAAAAAUGGACAAGUGGUUUUGAGGAGCAGAUGUCUCAUGAACAUAUGGAGUGUCUGGCUGCAUUCACUGCUGCCUGCCAGCUCUUCUUGGAGUGCUCCAGUUUUCCAGUCUACAUUGCUGAGGGCAACCUGAAGUCCUCACCCACCAGAGAGGAGCAGGCAGGUGAGAGUGUUCAGCCAGCAGUUUGGCUUCAGACCCUGAUGGAUGCAUGCUGUUCAGCUGCUGAUUUCAGUAUUCAAGCAGUAGCUAUCUCACUUGUCAUGGACCUUGUCGGACUCACUCAGUCUGUAGCUAUGGUGACAGCUGAGCGUGUGGCAAGUCCAGACUCGAGCCAGCCAAUGAGUCCGAGCCAGGGGCGUGUUGCAGUGGUGAUUCGACCACCACUCACACCGGGUAUCUUGAAGUACAUUGCAGAGAAAACAGGUUUCUUCAAGAGUGUAGCCCUUAUCUUAUGGGAUCAGUUGGGAGAGGAGACCCCCCAGCACCACAAGCGCAGUGUGGAGCUCUUUUACCAGCUUCACAAUUUGGCUCCCUCCCCCAGCAUUUGUGAAGAUGUCAUUAGCCAGCAGCUCAUGCAUCGGGACAGGAGAAUACGUCUGGAGGCUCAUGUAAAAUUCUCAGUUCUUUGGCACCUAACCCGAGACUUGAAUAUCACCAAGUCUUCCCCUUUCAAUCGGACAUUUGACAGGUCUCUGUUUAUCAUGUUAGACAGCCUCAGUUAUUGGGAUGGCUCUGCAAGUGCUGUUGGCAGGGCCUGGUUGAACCAGGUUUUGCAGAGACAUGACAUAGCUCGUGUUCUUGAACCUCUACUACUUUUGCUGCUGCACCCUAAAACCCACCGCGUAUCCAUACAGCGGGUUCAAGCACAGCGUCACUGGAACCAGGUCUUUCCCAACACACUGGAACAAGAGUCCUCUGAGCCCAUUUACAUGAGGGAUAUGGGCUAUACUGAAAAUUAUAGCCAGAUAUCAGGGAAUGGCCACAGGGGUGUCCAAGCGUGUGGCAGAUGCCUCCCAUUGGAUGAUAUGGAACCCUUUAGCCUGACAGUCAACCCUUUGAGUGACAGUCUUUCUCUUUUGAGCCUUAGUAGCGAGAACCUGCAGCUGUGUGGCGAAUAUCAACCUCCGGAUCAGCAGGGGGAGCACCAGAGCUCAGAUUCAAGUGGCUCUCAGUCCUCUACUAUAGACAAUGGCAGCUUUGAUGAACUGGAGGGAGGUGGUAGCACUGUUAAUAUAUCUGAUCCUGUGCUUUGUCAAUCUGUUUCGUUAGAGGAGGAGUCCUUGCACAAGGCAGUUUCUGCUGUGCUUUUUGAGCUAGUGGACAGAGUGGUGCAAAUGGUGGAGAAAGAGUCCUCUGAGGCACCAUCAUCUCCUGAUGCCUGGAUUCAGACAGACUCUGACAGUUCUAACUCGUCCACCGAUACCUCUAAUGGGCCAUCCAUCACCCUUGCCCCCUUCUCCAACACCCAACCUAGAACACUCCCAGAACUGGUUGCAGGGGGAACCUUGGAGUUCCUGGCUGUGGCCUCAAUUGAUGCUUCAGGGGAAGAGGAGCGUCGGGAAGGCAUCGCUCGCCAUAGCUCCUCGCCUUCGAUUAUCACACUGCCAGACAGCGGUGGCAGUGCUGCCGCCGAGCAGAGUCUCCAGGUAGAUGACCAGCACCGCAAGCGCAGCCACAGCAGCACUCAGCUCAGCCUAAAGGGCAAGAUUAUGGAGCGUCUGGUGGACAAAUCCCCAGGGGCCAAGCCCAAAAUCAAGAAGGUCAAGAGGAAAGAUGAUGAGAGACGCAAGACCAACCAGGCUGAGAAGAGCCGGCCACCCAACAUCUUCUUUGGUGACAGUCUUGACUUGGAGAACUGGUACAGCUGUGGGGAAGGGGAAGUGUCUGAGAUUGAAAGUGAUAUAGGUUCACCCAGUGGUGGGGCUGCUAGUGGUGUGGGAGGAUCUCGCUCUUCUGGGUCACCUCGUUUUAACAUCCAUCCCCUAUACCAGCAUGUGCUGCUCUAUCUUCAGCUCUACGACUCCUCUCGGACUCUGCAUGCGCUUUCUGCCAUUGCAGCCAUGUUACGUACUUCACCAGCAGGAUUUGUGAGCGCCAUCUCCACCACCAGCAUAAACAACACAUACACCCCACAGCUCUCUCUUCUGCAGAACCUGCUAGCACGCCAUCGUGUCUCUGUCAUGGGGAAGGACUUCUACUGCCCCAUCCCGCAGGACUCGCACUCCCACUCCUUCCGAAGUGCCAUGUUCCUGGAGAUCAUCAUCUCCCUUUGCCUCUAUUUUCUGCGCAGCUAUUACUCGGCUCAUGUGGCCGCCACAUCACAGGACCUGGCAGGCAACCAUGCCAUGCAGCUGACCAGCGUGGAGGUGUUGACGCUGCUCUUCAGCGAGCUUUCUAAGGUCACUGGGGGUUCAGCCAAGGGCUUUGCAAGCUUUAUUUGUGACGUUCUGUCCAAAUGCAAGGUGCAGAAGGUAGUGCUACACUGUUUGCUUUCCACCAUCUUUAGUGUACAGAAAUGGCAUGAACACCGUGCCCGUGGCACCAAUGUGGCUGUGGUUGAGGAGGGCCUUUCAGAGGACAGUGUCAUCAAUCUGUCAGAGGACCAGUUAGACAACUGCAGUGCCAUACAGUCACAACUGUUGCGUCUGCUUCAGAGCCUGGUGGUGCUGGAGCACCGUGUGAUGAUCCCAGUGGAUGAGGGUGGUGAGGGAGGUCUGGGGUCAUCUGGGUCUAGUGGCGGACCUAAUGGUCCUGGGGCUGGUUUUGAGCUGAUUGGAGGGGAGGUAGAGCAUGUCAACCCACAACAACCUAUGACUUCCCUGCAAUACCUACAUGGGCAACCCAUUACAUCUCAGGGCAUGUUUCUGUGUGCUGUGAUCCGAGCCCUGCAUCAGCAUCAUGCAUGCAAGAUGCACCCACAAUGGAUUGGCCUUAUCACAGCCACUUUGCCAUACAUGAGAAAAGUGCUUCGGCGAGUAGUUGCAUCUGUUACGCUUCAGCUGUGCAAAAACCUUGACAACCUUAUCCAGCAAUACCGCUACGAGACGGGCCUCAUGGACACCAGGCCCCAGUGGAUGGCAUUGUGUAUCCCUCCUGACCUGAUUCUAACUGUACUAGAAGGAAUGACAGCCAUAAUCCAUUAUUGUCUGCUAGACCCAACAUCACAAUAUCACCAGCUCCAGGCAAAUGUAGAUCAGAAGCAUCUUGCAGAGGCACGUGCAGGCAUUCUCUCCAUCUUGCACACCAUCAUGUCCUCUGUAACCCUGCUGUGGGGCGUCCUUUAUCUGGCUGAUAGUUCUGACAAGCCAGCUGCAGCCUCUGCUUGUUCCACCUCCAACAUCAACCUAGGAUCCACAAAGAAUCUCAGGCAGCAAAUUCUAGAGCUGCUGGGGCCAAUCUCAAUGAAUCAUGGAGCUCACUUCAUGGCUGCUAUUGCUUAUGUGUGGAAUGAAAGGAAGCAGGCUAAAACUCCAUCCAGGAACAAGGUAAUUCCCACAGCUAGUGAGGAACAGCUUCUCCUUGUGGAACUUGUUCGUUCAGUAAGUGCCAUGCGAACUGAGACUGUGAUACAGACAGUGAAGGAAGUCCUCAAGCAGCCCCCAGCCAUCGCCAAAGAGAAGAAGAAUCUUUCCCUGGAGGUCUGCAUGCUUCAGUUUUUCUAUGCCUAUGUGCAGAGUAUUCCAGUCUCUAGUCUGGUUGAUAGCUGGCCAUCACUCUUGGCAUUGCUGAAGGACUCUGUGCAGCUCGGUCUGCCUGCUCCAGGACAGUUCCUCAUACUAGGAGUAUUGAAUGAGUUUAUCCUGAAGAAUCCCACCCUGGAAAGCAAGAAGGACCAGCGAGAGCUACAGGAUGUGACCCAUAAGAUCGUAGAGGCCAUUGGCACGAUUGCAGGCUCAUCCUUGGAACAGACCACAUGGUUGAGGAGAAACCUGGAGGUCAAACCUUCCCCUCAAAUCAUGGUGGAUGGGGCCAGUCUGGAGGCAGAUGUAGAAGAUCUAAUGCUCACAGUGAUGGAGGCCUCCAGCUUCACUCCAUCUGUGUACAGUGUUCACGCCCUCACCUUGCUGGCUGAGGUGCUGGCUCAUCUAUUAGAUAUGGUCUUCUACAGUGAUGAGAAGGAGAGAGUGAUUCCUCUGCUGGUCAACCUUAUGCAUUAUGUUGUGCCCUACCUGCGCAACCAUAGUGCUCACAAUGCCCCCAGUUAUCGUGCAUGUAUCCAGCUGUUGAGCAGCCUCAGUGGAUAUCAGUACACCCGGAGAGCCUGGAAGAAAGAAGCUUUCGACCUGUUUAUGGACCAUACAUUUUUCCAGAUGGACUCCUCUUGCGUCAGCCACUGGAGAGCAAUCAUAGACCACCUGAUGACUCAUGACAAAACCACAUUCAGAGACCUGAUGACCCGAGUUGCCGUGGCUCAGAGCAGCUCUCUGAGUCUUUUCACCAAUCGAGAUGCAGAGCUUGAACAGAGAGCCAUGCUACUCAAACGACUGGCCUUCACCAUCUACAGCAGUGAGGUGGACCAAUACCAGAAGUACUUGCCAGACAUUCAAGAGCGUCUUGUGGAGAGCCUACGACUCCCUCAAGUGCCCAUCCUCCAUGCUCAGGUCUUCCUCUUCUUCAGAGUGCUGCUACUGCGCAUGUCGCCCCAGCACCUGACCUCACUCUGGCCCACUAUGAUCACUGAGUUGGUUCAGGUGUUCUUACUCAUGGAACAGGAACUCACUGCAGAUGAGGACAUCACCAGGACCUCAGGCCCCUCGGUUGCAGGGCUCGAGACAACAUACUCGGGGGGCAAUGGUUUCUCUACCUCCUACAACAGCCAGCGCUGGCUCAACCUCUACCUGUCUGCCUGCAAGCUGCUGGACCUGGCCCUCGCUCUGCCCUCUGAGAGUCUGCCUCAGUUCCAGAUGUAUCGCUGGGCUUUUGUCCCUGAAGCAUCGGAUGACUCUGGUCUGGAGGUCCGCAGACAGGGGACCCAUCAGAGAGAGUUCAAGCCCUAUGUUGUCAGACUGGCCAAGCUGCUGAGAAAAAGGGCCAAGAAAAAUCCAGAGGAAGACUGCUCCACACGGACUCUGUCCUGGGAGCCCGGACAGCUCCUGCUCACCCUUUAUGUGAUCCGCAGCAUGGAGCAGCUACUCCCUUUCUUCAACCUUCUCAGUCAGGUGUUCAGCAGUAAAGGCAACAGCCGUUCAGGACCAUAUCACAGCCCUACUCCCAGAGACAGCCCAUUCGCUAGCAAGGAUGGCAAGCUGGAGAGCCAGAAAGUCUUCUGGAGCCGGGCCAGACAGAACAUUGAGGAAAUGGUUGAGAAGGACUUCCUUGAGGGACUCAUCAAAACGUGACCUGACAUGAACAAAAAGUGAAACUAUUGAGCAAAAACACUAACACCUCACCUUUUAAAAAAAAAAUGGAAGAGAACAAAAAAAAAAGAAGUUUGUACAUUUUUUGCUUUUCUAAUUAAUGUAUUUUCCCCCCAAAAGCUAUACUAUUUAAUUUAAAGUCUUUUACUUGUAAAUAUGGCCAGCUGUGAGGAUUUCUUUCAUUUGUUUGAGCCUAUAGGAUAGUAUGAUGAUACUGUGCCAUUCCAUAUUGUGGUGACUUACCUAAUAAAAGAGACAUAUCAUGUGAAUUUAAAACAUUUUUGAAUUCCCUCAUCCACAGAAAGGCUUGUAGCAGACCUCAUAUCCGUAACUAACUGAUCAAACUUGCACUAAUAUUUAUUUCCUUUUGGAUUAGAUUUCAAUUGUCAACAAAAACCUUUUGUGUAAGGGAAAGAAAAUGCAUAUACGUGGACAGUUAAAAGUAAUGUUACUUUGAAAAUGUUCAAAGCCAUAAUGGAAAAAAUAUUACAUACUGCAUAUCAGAGUAAGUGGGAGAGAAGAAAUAAAACAGACAUGUUCCACGUC